GUGAAGCAGUGGAUGAGACGUCGGAUGCCUUAUCUUUGAUGUACAGUAUGUGAUAAUCUUGUCACCUUUAUUUAGGUGGAAUAGCUCAUCAGUGAGAAACAAUAGGACAUGAUCAUGAGUUCAUCAGUGCUAAUAGGUUCACAGGCCAGGUUUUGUCUCACAAGUAUCUUAAGGUAAUAAGUUUUGAGCCCCACCCUCUCUUAGGACAGGUAUAUGUGUACACACGCGGGCUGACAGACAGCAGACUGCUGGAGAUUACUUUAAUCGAGCUUUGGAAACUGUACACUGACUCUAAUUGUCAGUUUGGGGCACAAGACAGUGGAAAGUUGCUGACUUGAAGCGACCAUGGGAAACGAGCAUUCAACUCAGAAAAAACAUCAGCAGGCAAAUGCUGAGAAAAAAGUCCAAAAUGGAGAGCUGAAUGGACAUGCAGUACCAGCUCCAGAUGAAACUGAACCUGAGACAAGCAAAAAAGAAGCAGUGGAGCAAAAGAGUGAAACCCCACCAGCGCCUAUCACAAAUGAACCAAAACCACCAGAAAAAGAGGAGGUAGACAGCAGUAAAGCCAACGGACCCGCGCAUGUGGAAACGACCCCUGAGCAAAAACCGACAGUCGCAACAGAUGCAGAACCACCCAAAAAUGCCCCAAAGCCCAGUGGAGAUGAGGUGUCCAACUUCCUUGGUAAAAUGUUCAAAAAGAAGAGCGAACCUGUGAAACCUGCAGCAGAAAACAACGAUUCAGUUGACACACCGGCCAAAGCGGUGGAUCUGAAUAUCGACAUGCAGACUGAUCCAGUGGACAUAAAGAGCAGCGCAGAGCCGGAGCCGGAGGCUGAAGCUCUCGAACCCAGUCCUGUGGAAGCCGCAGAAGAAAACAACCCGUCAGAGGAGGUCAAAGCAGCAGAAAAGACAGUUAUGAACUUUUUCAAAACAUUUGUCACUCCGACCAAAACAAGCAAAGAAGCCAAAGCCACUCCUGAUGCUUCAAAAGAGCAGUCACAGAAAGAGACCCCACCAGCACCAUCAACAGAUGUACAGGAAGCACCCAAGGCACCUCCUCCUCCUCCCCCAGCUCCACCUAAGAUGGAAAGCAAAGCAGAGCCGGCGGUGAAGAAAGAGGAAACGUCUGCAACAAAAGCAGCGGCAGCAGCUGCAACAAAAGCAGAGGGAUCUGCCAAGAGCAAAACUAAAGACAGUGCAUUAAGCAAACUCUUCCGUUCAAAGGUGUUGCUAGGCAAGGUGGUGUCAAAAGUUCAGGCGGCGACCAGCAGUGGAGCCAGAGCUAAGACGUCAGGAGUGCCUGUUGUGGUGGAAGAGAAAAAGCCGGUUGAGGUGCAGGUCGACGCGUCUAAGACCAGCACUCUCGAGGCCGCUGCCAAACCUGAAGAACCUCCAGCGCCAAAAGCAGAGGAGAAGAAACUAGAGAAGAAAUCCACUUUUGGAAACAUGUUCAAACCCAAGGUUCUGCUCGGCCAGGUGAGCAGCAGGAUCCAGGCCGCGGCGUCCAGCGCUGCCGCCAGCAUCUCCCUCAUGUCUGCUGCAGCGGCACCAGAGUCCAAGAAGGAGACUCCAGCUGCUCCUCCCGUGGCAGAAGCCGCUCCACCCGCGAAGGCCAAAGAGGAGCCGAGACCCACCGCUCCUGCACCGCAAGCGGCCCCAGACAACAAAUCAGCCGAUAGCACAGAGAAUGCCUCCCCCAACAUGCCCCACAAGCUGGAGAAGAGGAACUCCCUCCAGCUGUUCUUCAAGAACCUGGUUAAGUAGAAACCCAGAGAUUCUCCAGGGCUAGGGAUUCCACCCACACAACUGUGUGAGCAUUCGCAAUCUGUGUACUUUAACUCAUCAGUUGUAUGUAGUUUGCCAGUUAAAUGCUGUCGAGAAGCGUUUUGUAAUUCUGUAACCAACCUGAUUAUUUCGAUAUUGCUGGCUAUUAAUCUUAAAACAGUGAUCUUUGAGGUGAGGAAUUAAAAUACAAAAAUCAAUAUUUACAGUGUAUAUCCACUAGAUGGCCUCAAUUACCAACCUAUCUAGAUUAUUCGAUCAAUUCCAUAGCAACUUAUUUGUGUUGCGUUUUAAUAAAAUGUAAUCAAUAUUUUAAAUUAUUUAAUUAAACUGGACACUAAAAUUUAGCAUGUAAUUUUUUUUAUUGCAUGAAAACUAAUAAUAUUGCAUGAAAUCUCAAUCUCAUCAUCUAAACAUGUAAUUUUAAUCUUUGUUGCGAUUAUAUAACUUCUUCAUAAAUAAAAAAUACUUUUUGUCAUGUAAUAUAAAUGUAUCUAUCCACAAUUAUGGUUAUUUCGAGCGGGAUCAUCCCUGUCAAUUAUCUCGGACAAACAUGUGAUGACAACUAAAUGAUCUCAGAUAAUAAAGCACACAAAUUCACCAAAGCUGCGCUUUAAAGACGUGUUGGAGCAAGAUCCGCUUUUGUAAAUAAAAGCCCAGUUGUCAGACGGGUUUUGCUUCAGGCACCCUUACAGACGAGCAGUAAAAAACACACACUUUCUUGCUAAGUUAGGAUCACUAAUGUUGCGUUAUGCGUUGGUGUGUCUCACAGGGCCAAAAACGCCAUUCUGAUGCCGGAGUGCAAACGGACCCUGUGGCACCCGAGAAGGCCAAAUAAAACCCCGCCUUUGUUUUGAUCGCUCAUCUGUGCCAAAACCGUUGGCAGUCAUGCACAUAAGAACAUAUUUACCAAAGUUGGGAGGUAUUAUGCUGACCUGCAAGGCCCAAAUUUGAAGCAACUAUCAAAUAAUAAUCUGAAUCCCCAUGUGUUUAGUGAGAGCAGAAGUAAGUGUAACGAUUUCCCUGUUAAGCAAGUGCUACAUGUUGUUUAUGACCGGAGGGAGGAACUUGUGUUGUUUUUCGCAGAGAAACGUGUCAGAGUUGCGUGGUGUGGCAUGAGAUGGAAAAGUGAAAGUGAAAAUGUAAUCCUGCAUUGAAGAUAAACUCCCUUUUUUAUGUGCAUGUUAAAAUGUAAAAUAUGUUAACUAUACUAACACUGCUCAUAUUGCAUCGCAAUUUCUAUGCAUUGUGCAUUAAAGCCGUUGCAUUAAGAUGCCUUUUCACCGGGACAAAGCAAACAUCAUGCGCGUUUGCAUGUGAAAAGAAUUUAUUUAUGUAAUCAUACACUAUCUGAUUGUGAAUUCAACGAACCGUCGUCUGCUUAUUUCAAUCACUGAAACGUACACAGCCAAUUUGAAUUCCACUUAAAGUGCAAAACUUCUGAAUCACUUUAAUAGAUCCAUAGAAAUCACAAGUAUUUAUUUAACAUAAUGCCAAUCAAAUUGAGCACCAUAUAUUAUUAUUCCAACUUAUUCGGUUAUUUAAGUUCAGCCCAGUUUUUAUA